GGUGUCAAAGGUUAGGAUUUGGCGCGGGAACUGGUUGCUUGGUGAUUUUUUUCAUGGUCUGGCGUACCGAUCAAGAUGACGAAGAGAGCCAGUCCUUUCGGUGACACGGCGCCGCUCCAGUGGAAGAUCCACGUUACCCAGAAAGAGCUGAACGAGGGAGUCUUUGGGGAGAAAUACAAGCGGGAAGUGUACGAGAAAACUAAAAACUUGCUGUUUAAUGGUGCCCAAGCUUUUAUGGGAUACAUGUGGACUGGCAAUUCAGAAGAGAAUUGCACACUGGUUCCCAUGUCCAAACCUAUUGAAGGUAACUGCCUAAAGGAACCAGAAGAUGUUUGUAAUGGAUGUGAAGGACGUGAGUUACUCCAUGGGCAAACCUUUCUAGGACAUAAUGGACAACUUGUAAAGGGUUCACUAUCUUCAAACAGAUCACCAAUCAAGCCAGCAACCACAAACUGUUUUAUCUGUUUGAAACCAUCAAAUUUCAAGGAACCAUGCUCACAGUGUGACCGCUUAAUAUGCCAACAUUGCAGCAAAGUGUGUGAUCACUGUGCAAGGAUUUGCUGUUCACUAUGCUCAUUUGAUGAUUAUAAUGAAGCCUAUGAUCAAGUGUUCUGCUAUGGCUGCUUUCCAUGAAGAGGCUAUUGAAGUUUGAACUGGUUCUAACUUGUAUAGAAAUGUUUACAUUUAAAAUGCAUUAAUUUGAUCACCAUUAUACACAAAUGGAAGUGAAAUUCUACUUUGUAAUAUACUGUUUUUAAUUGUGUAUUUGUAUAAAUAAAAAUUUUUUGUAUAAUUUUUGCAGCACUCUAUUGCUGCUCUUGCCUGGAAAUGUACACCCUUACAUUAUCCUCAGAGGGCUGAAUCUCUAGUUAAAUUGUGCUUUGACAGAUGUGUUAAUUUAUGUCACCUGCCUGUUACUGAACUUCUGAUGUUUUUAUCCUAUUGUUUUUAUAAAUCAGACCCAUUCUGUAAUUGGACAGUCUGCUCCAGUUCUUCACUGCCUUGACAGUGAAGUUGAAAAUGUACCCUGUCAAUCUAGCACACAUGGAAGACUCAGAAUUAGAUCGAUGAAGGUGUCAGGGUGGCUGCUGGUGGAAAUGAACCUCAGUGCAAAGUAUUAAAUUGAGGCAGAUUAGAUAACUGCUAACCUGCCAUGCCUUAACUUUUUUAAUUUUUGGAAAUUUGAGGAUAAUUGCUAGGUGCAGAAAGUGGGAAACAUCACUUGCGCUAAUGAAAACCCUUCUAAUAUUACAUGCUGCCUCUGAUUAUUCAAUUGCAAAUAGGUUUAAAAAUCUGCACACUGAUGCCUGUGGGCUAUACCCACAGGUUAAUGGAUAUUCAAAGUUUAGAUUGUUGAAGUCAUUAUUUACCUGUAGAUUUCAAAGUAAUUUCACACUUUAGAGUGAAUACAGAAUGUUGCACUGCCAAUGCAGUAGCUUUAUCUUUUAUGCCUGAUUAUUUGGGCAACCUCCAGGUUAUUGUAUGUAAUGAGGUGCUUGCUUUUAUACAUGGCUCUGAAUUAUUUUUGAGGAAAUGCAUUUGAUGUGCCUGCCCAGGGACUCCGCUACAGAUCGUAUCAAAUCUCAUAUAUUGCAGUGCUGGACCUCUCUACCUGGAGGGCCAUAUGUACAAUGCCUCGUUGCUGAAUGGUGGUCUGCUUCAGGGAAAAGCUGGGCACCUCUCUCCCUCAACCUCAAACAUAUCAGUAUCCUUGAAGGGGCUGAAUGUCCUCCAUGAGCUAGAAUUCUGUUAAACCACUUAAGCACACUGGACUUUUGGGAACCUGUUUGGCCUCUGCUCUUGCCUCUUCCAGGGUCAUUGGUGUAUGUAGUGAUUGGGAAUUUUUGCAAGCCUCUGGCCCAUCAUGCCUGGAUCCUGGCCUGAAUUUUUUUUUUAGUGGACUUAUUGGGAGGUGAGGACUUUUGGGGCCAUAUUGCAUUUUGGACUGCUUAAAGAAAUUUAGUAUCUGGCUCAACUUUAUUCCUUCUCCCAGCUUACUUGGUACUCCAAAAUAAAGUAAUCAAAAUACAGAUUUCAGUUUUAUGCCAAAAAUGGAGAAACAUUUUAUUUCUAUUGUGCCUCAUAUCCUUUGUCUCUGUACUGCAAGUAAUGGAUUCUGAAGUAUAAUUGUGGUUGUAAAAUAAAAUGUUUGAACUGGUUAUAGUUGGCAAGAUCCCAUAAUAAAUGAGAUUAAAGGCUAAAAGGAAUAAUAGACACUGGGAGAAAUUCCUUUUCUCUAGCAUCAUGGGAUCUUUUAUAUUCAGCUGAACAAACAGAUGGGCAUAAGUUUAGAAUCGAUCCAAAGGACAACACUUUUGAUUAAUGCUGCAUACCCUUAAUGUGCUUGGAUCCUAGAGAAGGGACUCGGACCUCCUAUGGACUGAUGGGUGCUAUUUACUGAGAUAAAGCACCACUUGGAAAACUAUGCUAGUUGUAAAUUGAUUUUUGCUUGUGACUGACACCUAAUAUAAAUGACUUUAAUAAACAGAUGUAACUAUU